UUUUAAUGGCCGAUGAUGAAGAUUUUUUAAGUGAAAUGCGUGGAAAUGCUGGUCGUCUUUCUGAUUGUUUAAGUUCGCUCCUUCAUCGAAUAGAGCAAUUAGAAACACAAAAAAUUAUUAAAAAUAUUGAAAUUAAUUCAAAUCAUAAUGAAGAAAUAUUAUCAUCACCUACAACAAUUACUGAUAAAUUGUUAAAUGGAAAAGGAAAAUUUUAUGAUAGUCAAUUAACCUCUCGUCGUGAAUACCUCAGUGUCGAUCCAUUUUCUGGUCUACGCAAAUUAGUUACUAUAACUGAACGUCCAUUACCUAGUGGCCCUUUACGUGCCCAAUCGCCCACACAAUUAAAUAGUCCAGAAACAGAACAAUUAAUUCAAAAUAAAAAACAUUUAUUGGCUAGUGCUUAUGAAUCUAGAAUUGUUGAAAUACAACCAAAUUUAUUAGAAGGAUUAGAAGUGGAACAAAUUUGUGGUCAAUUUGUGGCUGUUAAAGUAACCCCAGAAUUAUCAAAAUUUAUUAGACCAGGAGAUACACUUGUUGAGUUAGAUGGACAGCCAUUUAUUAAUAAAAAACAAAUUUAUCAACCUAAAGGAGCUGUUCAAAUAAAAUUAGUUUUGUCUGAUUUGUAUUCUGCUCCAAUGGAAUUUUGUCGAGUUUUAGAUGAUUACAAAGCUAAUAUUAUUUCUGAAAAUAUAAAUCAAAAUUUAUUGCCAUAUUUAUCUUUUUCCUUACAACGUGGGGAUAUACUUCAAAUUCUCUCAAAAAAUGAAAAUUAUUUUCAAGCCAGAAAAGUUAAUGAUUUAUCUACUUCUGGUUUUGUCCCAAACAAUAUUCGAACUCGCCCUGUGGCAAUGUUAUGCCCUUAUGGAAGAAGAGUUAUUGCAUUAAUUGGCGCUAAUGGGGUUGGAAGAAGAUCUUUAAAGAAAAUGUUAAUUGAAUAUAGACCUUAUGAAUUUGCUGGGGUUGUUCCAAUUACUUCACGAGCACCAAAACAAGGAGAGCAACAUGGGAGAGAAUACUUUUUUGAACGAAAGGAGGACGUUUUACAAUUAAUUCGUGAUAGACAGAUGAUUGAAUGGGGGGAAUAUAAUGACCAACUUUAUGGAACUACAGCAGAAUCUGUCCGUCAAGUUAUCCGUUCUGGACGUGUUUGUGUUUUGGAUUGUUCUCCAAAAGCAAUAUCUAGUUUAUAUAAUUCUGAAUUUAUGCCAUUUAUUGUCGUUGUUGCCUCACCAGAAUUAGACGAACUUAUUCAAUUAAAUAAAGAACAAACAAAUAAUUUAGAGAAUUUGAAAAAUAUUUGUGAACAAAGUUGUAAAUUUGUUAAUGAAAAUGAGUGGGCAAAACAAGCAGAUUUAUUACUAAUUAAUAGAAAUAGAGAUAUUUCUUUAAGAAGACUUUUGGAUGCAUUAGAAUCAUUAAAAUCAGAAUCUCAAUGGAUUCCUUUAGAAUGGCUACAAACUAAUUUCCAAGCUCCUCCUCAACAAACUACUAAAGUAACCAAAAGGAAAUAA